AUGAACGCUGCUAACAGUGAUAAUAACGAAAAUACUAAUAAGAUUACAGGACCUUGGUCUAAAGAAGAAGAUGAUCUUUUAUUAGAAUUAAUCGGCAAAAUAGGUCAUAAAAAUUGGAAAGCGAUUGGUAAUAAGCAUGGUCGACGCAAUGGAAAGCAAUGUCGAGAGAGAUGGACAAAUCAUUUGGAUCCUAAAUGCAAGUAUUCAAAAUCAAAGAAUCAAAAAAAACACCAUGAUAUUAAUGAUGACGACAAUAACAAUAAACAAAAGAAACAAUCUAAAAGAAAAAGGAACAACAACGGUAUUAAUCCGAAUCCAGCUAAGAGAUUGCAAUCUUCUGAAAAGAAAGUUCAAGUUCACGAUGACGUGAAAGUUCGCGAUGACGUCUCUAAUUCCUCUAGUCUGGAGGUGUUUCCAAAUAUUGAAGCUCAGGCUCAUGAUGACAUCUCUACUCCUUCUAUAUUGAAGGCGUUUGCAGAUAUUGCAACGAGCCCUCACAAUAGGGAAGGUAAAAUGUCAAUUAACCCUCAUAAUAGUGAUAAAAUGUCAAUUGGGUGGAUUACUGAACCCCAAAACAACGAGCAUUGA